CGACAAUGGAGUCACGUGGUUCACCCACAGUCAAAUGAAUGCCUGUGUAGAGGUGAGGCGGCGACGGGGGUAAGGUGAUGUGAUAAGAAGAUGUGCACUUCGUUUCGAGGUUGUAUUGUCGAAGAACCGCAUGAUCUGAUCGCGGAGCUGAAACCCGCUCAUCACCCGCGUCUGUACGGCACUGCCGGCUGCGAGACAUGGAGCGUCCGCUUCUCCCCGGACGGAUCUUAUUUUGCUUGGUCGAUGGGAUACGGCAUCGUCAAACUCCUAUCCUGGCCGCUGACAUCCGAAGAUAGUGCUGAAGCUGGAUGCAGUGAAGAGAAGACGCUUAACUGCAGGCAGAUGGUGUGGGCACUGGCGUUUGGACCCUGCCAGUCUAUCCGUGUGGAUGUUUUACAUCAGAACGGACGUGACCAUGAACUACUGCUGGCCACUGGUCUGAACAACGGUGCAAUCCAAGUGUGGGUCGUCUCAACUGGAAAUCUGCGGUUUACUCUAACCGGACAUGAAGCUCCUGUCAGGGAUUUGGUCUUCACUCCAAAUGGAAGUCUCACGCUUGUAUCGGCCUCCCGAGACAAAACUUUAAGGAUAUGGGAUUUGGCAAAGAAAGGCACCAGUCCCCAUGUGCUGCGGGGUCCAAACUACUGGGUGUUCAGAUGUUCCAUAUCACCUGACAGCAGUGUGAUCGCCUCGGUUUGCAACCUUGACUCUAAGGUGUAUUUGUGGAGCUUGCGGUCCUACACCUUCAUGAGACACCUUACAUACGACCACGAGCGCACCAUGGCAUCAUGUGACUUUUCCCAGGACGGAGCUCUGCUCGCGGUCGCGUCGUACCAUUCCAGCACAGGCUGGUGGCUGGACCUGUGGGACCCGUACACAGCAGCUCACCUGACUAGAGUAGAAGACUGUGAGGUGUGUGCUUACAGAAGUGACAAUUUACUGACAUCUCUGAGUUUCUCUCCUGUUGGCCUGCUGCUAGCUUUCAAAGACUACAGGGCGUUACAGAUCUGGGAUGUGGAACGAGAUAAACUAGUCGCUGACACCGAUCACGGCCGCACUGGUGGUGUGUGCUGUGCUUUCCAUCCACACGGGGGCGUCAUUGCUACAGGGUGCAGAGAUGGACAAGUAAAAUUCUGGAGAGUUCCUCGUCUUGUUCCAAGCCUUAGGCAUCUGUGCAGGGUUGCUCUGAGAUUCUCGGUUUCAACCUAUCAGGUGGAGGCUCUUCCCUUGCCCAAAAAAAUCCUGGAAUACCUUACAUACAGGGACGUUCCAAAGCAAAAGAUCAUAUAUUGUAAAGAACACUGCAGUUGACUGAAAACAAGUAAUGUUUGUGGGUCAGACUUUGCUUUAGAUGUUGCAUAAUUUUCUAAGAUGCCUAAUUUCCCCAGACAGUUAUGCUUUCAAAACAAAAAUAUAUUAAAUUAUGAUGCUGUACUU